AUGGUUUCUGAUUGUCCAAAACUAGUUUCGUUGGUAGCUAAAGGCCAGCUGCCUCCAACUCUAAAGGAACUACAUAUUCGGGAUUGCAAAAAUAUUCAGAUUUUGGUAGAGGAGGAGGAUGACACGGCCAACAGCUUCGGCAGCAACGGUGACAACACCGGAUCUCAUGAUCUUCAGGAUUUGAGCAUUUCCAACUGUCCAUCCCUCAAAUCCCUAAUAUCAAGUGGUGAAUUAGCAACAACACUUCAAACAUUAUGGAUUACGUCAUGUCCAGAGCUAGAGUCAAUAGCGAAGGAAUUACAUCAUAAUUCAUUGCUUAAAUCCAUUACCAUUUCUUAUUGCGGAAACCUUAAAUCCUUACCCACCGGUAUACACAGUCUCAGCCAUCUAAGCGAUAUUCAAAUUCGGGGUUGUCCAAGUCUCGAUUUCUUACCGGACGGUGAGUUGCUCCCUGCCAACCUGACAAGUCUUGAUCUUGACAGCUGCGAGAAAAUGCAGGCCGUGGUCAAUCGCAUACACACUUGCACCUCUCUUCAAGAUUUGAGGAUGGGGAAAUGUCCAAGAGCACUUGUAUGCUUUCCAGAAGAAGGUUUUACCACCAACCUAACAUCUCUUUGGAUCCAUGGUAGCAGUAUCGCUCAGGGCUGGUUUGAGUGGGGGUUGCACAGGAUUACCUCUCUCAAACAUCUUCGAAUUUGCGAUGGAACUUCGCACCUGGUGUCCUUUCAAGAGAUGAAGCUGCCUACUUCUCUAAUCAAUUUGACAAUCGUUGACUUUCCGAAUCUGGAAUACUUGUCUCCCGAGGACUUUCGAAACCUCACAUCACUUGAAGUCCUGUCAAUCACCUAUUGCAAAAAACUCGCGUCCUUACCAAAGAAGAUAUCGAAUUCAAUUGGUGAUCUCAUGCAUCUACGGUAUCUUGACCUGUCUCACACUUGCAUCACCAGCUUGCCUGAAUCAACAACCGCUCUUUACAAUUUACAAACAUUGUUGUUAGAACGAUGCCUACAGCUAGAGAAACUACCUUCAACAUUUGGGAACCUGGUCAACUUACGUCACCUCAAUAUUUUAGGAACUAUAUCACUAAAAGCAAUGCCUCCGCAUAUAGGCAAAUUAACUUGUCUUCGAACGUUGUCUGAUUUCAUUGUGGGAAAAGAUUGUUGCUCAGGGUUGAAGGAGCUAGGAUCUUUGUCGCAUCUUCGAGGUACACUCUGCAUUUCAAAAUUGGAGAACGUGAUUGAGCCAGAGGAUGCAAGGGGCAUGAAUUUAAGUGGUAAGCCGAACCUUGAUGGGUUGUCAUUGGGAUGGAGUGAAGACAUUGAUGACUCAAAGGACAGAACAAGUGAAAAGGAGUUUCUUAACUUGCUACAGCCUCACAAAGUUUUGAAAGAACUGACUAUCAGAUGCUAUGGGGGUACAGAUUUUCCGACAUGGUUAAACUGCCCUUCCCUUCCUAAUCUGGUGUUCUUAACUAUUAAAAAUUGUAAAAAGUGCACAUCAUUGCCCCCAUUGGGGAAACUUCCAUCACUCAGAGUCCUUUCGAUCGCAGGUAUGGCUAGCAUGAAGAGUAUGGGUCCUGAAGUUUGUGGGGAUGGCUCAUCACAACCUUUUAGAUCCUUGGAGACUCUAAAUUUCAAGAAUAUGGUGGAGUGGGAGAACUGGAGUCCUUGUGAAGCAUUCUCAAAUUUACGUGAGCUCUCUAUUAAAAAUUGUCCCAAGCUGUCGGGAAAUAUACCAAACCACCUUCCUUCACUUGAAAAUGUUGAGAUAGAUGGAUGUUGUCGGAACUUAGUGGUCUCAGUUGCAAGCUUUCCAGAUCGAUGCAAAAUAAAAUUUGGGGGAUCAGAAGGGGUGGUGUGCGGAAGAUCAGAAGUUGAUUUUAGCUCGCUGAAUUUGAUGCAUCUUUCAACAAUUUCAGAAUUUGAGUCUCAAAUGAAAGUGUUAAUUACAAUGGGUGGGCUGGCAAAUGUACAAAAGUUAAUGGUUUAUGGAUUGAAGGAACUGACGCAUUUGUGGUCAAAUGCGGUGGGAUCAUUUCCGCAUCUCCCAAGUCUUCGUUAUCUGCAGGUUUCUGAUUGUCCAAAACUAGUUUCGUUGGUAGCUAAAGGCCAGCUGCCUCCAACUCUAAAGGAACUACGUAUACGGGAUUGCAAAAAUAUUCAGAUUUUGGUAGAGGAGGAUAACACGGCCAACAGCUGCGGCAACAGCGGUGACAACACCAGAUCUCAUGAUCUUCAGGAUUUGAGCAUUUCCGACUGUCCAUCCCUCAAAUCCCUAAUAUCAAGCGGUGAAUUACCAACAACACUUCAAACAUUAGAGAUUGAUUCAUGUACAGAGCUAGAGUCAAUAGCGAAGGAAUUACAUCAUAAUUCAUUGCUUAAAUCUCUUAGCAUUUUUGAGUGUCGAAACCUUAAAUCCUUACCCACCGGUAUACACAGUCUCAGCCAUCUAAGCGAUAUUCAAAUUUGGAAUUGUCCAAGUCUCGAUUUCUUACCGGACGGUGAGUUGCUCCCUGCCAACCUGACAAGGCUUCGUGUUGACAGCUGCGAGAAAAUGCAAGCGGUGGUCAAUCGCAGCAUACACACUUGCACCUCUCUUCAAGUUUUGAGGAUGACGAAAUGUGCAAGAGCACUUGUAUGCUUUCCAGAAGAAGGUUUUCCCACCAACCUAACAUCUCUUUCGAUCUAUGAUAGCAGUAUCGCUCAGGGCUUGUUUGAGUGGGGGUUGCACAGGAUUGCCUCUCUCAGAGUUCUUCGAAUUUGCGAUGGAACUUCGCACCUGGUGUCCUUUCAAGAGAUGAAUCUGCCUACUUCUCUAACCGAUUUGCACAUCUUUGACUUUCCAAAUCUGGAAUACUUGUCUCCCGAGGGCUUUCGAAACCUCACAUCACUUGAAUAUCUGUGUAUCAGCAAUUGCGAAAAACUCGCGUCCUUACCAAAGAAGGGCCUACCUCCCUCACUCCGAAAACUUGAUAUUAGGGAUUGUAAAAAGUUAACGUCAUUUCCAACAAACUGCCUGCCUCCCUCACUCCUGGUGCUUCGGAUCGAGGGAUGUCCUGAUUUGGGAGAAUGGUGCAAGAAAGAACGAGGACGGGAGGGGUCUACGAUAGCCCGCAUUCCCCAUGUAUUCCUAGCUCAAGACUUGAUUGGUAAAUAUAGAGGUAGAUUUGUGUAG